UGGAGGGGUUAAUGCACUUGUUUUGUACGCAUUGAACAGAGAGGCGACGGGUUCAUAAGUAUUAGACGCGAAAAUGCAAACAUCGAUGGUCAAAUAUUUAGCGCUCGUAAAUUUAGUGCAACCAAUGGCGGAUGACCUACAAAACAAUUUGUCAAAAUUUGAUUGUCAGGGACCAUACUCCAAGUAGGACGUACUCGUGGAAGCAAUGUGUAUUCAGUAAAUAUAGCAGCUCUAAAUAUGAAGUCCAAAAAAGAAGAGCAAUCCAGGAAUUCCUGGAUCAAAGAAGAUAAUCCGUUGAAAGUAUCAAACCAGCAAAAAGAUGGUUAUGAGGAUAUAUUACACAAGCGUAGAAAAACUGGUGAAUUUUGGUGGACUUUGCGAACGAGGGAUGAUGUUCCACAAUAUAAGUGGAACAAACCACGUACACCCACAGAAUUAAAGACAUAUGUAAUGGGGAGUGAUAGGGUUAAAUAUGCUGUAGAGCAGGUGAUUAAAGAGACAGGGACUCCAAUAGCAGAAGUAUACGCAGAAGCUAAAGACAUUUUGGAAGAAAUGGCUCAUAAUUUAAGAAUGGGUGCAAUAAGAUCAUUAGCAUUAGUGCUUCCUAAAGUCUUCAAAUCUAUUUAUAGAAGAUUUUAUGUUAACACAGAGGGAAUUCAAAUGUUGAGGUCCAUGAUACAAGAAUAUCCUGUUUUGUUAAUGCCUAGUCACCGUAGUUACGCAGAUUUCCUGUUACUCUCCUAUGUUUUCUUCCACUAUGACCUGCCACUCCCAGUCAUAGCAGCUGCAAUGGAUUUCAUGGGGAUGAAGUUCAUUGGUUCUUUACUGAGGAAUUCUGGCGCAUUUUACAUCAGACGGAGCUUUGGUACGGACAAACUUUACUGGGCAGUAUUUACUGAAUAUGUACAGACUCAACUUAAUAAUGGGGACCACCCUGUAGAAUUCUUUGUUGAAGGCACAAGAAGUCGAACGUCCAAAUCAUAUCCGCCAAGGAUAGGCAUGUUAUCAGCAUCUUUAGAACCAUAUUUCAAGGCGCAUGUCCCAGACAUUAUGGUUGUUCCAGUCAGUAUUAGCUAUGAUCGGAUCCUAGAGGAACAACUAUAUGCAUAUGAACUAUUAGGAAUACCAAAGCCAAAGGAAUCCACAUCCGGUCUGAUGAAAGCCAGAGGAAUUCUCGAUGAAGAUUUUGGCAAUGUGCACAUGAAUAUAGGAGCCCCAGUGUCUAUCAGACAGUACUCUUUGGGAAGGAUCAACAGAAUGAAUCACAGCACAGUCCCUAGAUAUAUUGCAAGUUUGACUGACCAAGAGCAGAGACUUAUUGAAGAACUAGCAUACCACAUGGUCAUCCGUCAGCAGCAGAACAUGGUCAUCUCACCUUGGGCUUUAUGUGCAGCUGUUCUCAUGCAAAACAGGGAGGGUAUUCGAUUUAAGCAACUUGUAAAGGAAGUCGAUUGGUUAAAGAGACAAGCGGCUGUGUUAGGGACCUAUGUUGAUUGGCCAGCCAAGGAGUUGCCAGAAGCUGUUGUUCGAUGGUGCAUAUCAAUGCAUACAAACCUUGUCACUCUCUCACCAGAGGGCAUUGUGGAAAUUAAAGUAGAAAAACCAACCAAUAGGAAGAUGAACCCUGAUGACAUCACAAUAAUGGCCGCCUCACAUGUGGCAUUAGCGUCCUAUAGAAACCAUCUUCUCCAUGUGUUUAUCAGGCCUGGUAUGAUAGCACUGGCAAUAAAUGCUUCCCAAGAAGAAACCAUGACAUUAGAAGACUUAUACAAGAAGUAUGAAUAUCUCGAAAGAAUGCUCCGACGGGACUUCAUAUUCCAACUAGGUCACACCAAACAGGAUUUCGACCAAUCACUGUUGAAUUUAACCCAUAGUGGCAACGUCUCUGUGACGCAAGACAAUAAAGUCCUAAUCAACAAGUCAACCAAUAAAAAUACUGCAUUCCAUAGUCAGAUGUUUGAGCCAUUUCUCCUUGGAUACUGGGUGAUGUGCCAGUUUCUUCUAUCUAUGAAUGGAGGGGACUCCAAUGGCAAACCUCUCCCAAAAUCCCCCAGUGUGAUUGUGAAGGAGACCCAGAGUUUAGCAGCCAAUCUCCUUCAAGAGAACAUCAUAAAGCACUAUGAGGUUAUGUCCAAAGACAUGCUGGGAAAUGCCCUCCAGUCUUUUGUAGAGAUGGGGGCUGUUUUCAAGGAAAAGAGGAAUGGUGACACAUACUUGUCUCCUAGUCCCAUAGCUGUUAACAAGAUAGCUGAAGAAAUAGGGAAAUACAUUGAAGUUCCAAGAUUGUCCAUAGCAAACUUCACUCUUCAAUCUAAAGCUGUUCUGAUUGGUGCAUCAAAACUCUGAACAUUACCCAGAAUACAAUGCUUGCAGCAGAUUAUUCUGAUUGGUACAUCAGGCCUUUUGGUCAUUACCCAGAAUGCAACACUCGAGGGAAUGAUUCUGAUUGGUGUAUAAAAAUUCUGAACAUUCACCAGAAUGUUAUGCAUAAAAGUAAAUCAGUCUACUUUAACUACUCAAAAUGCAAUGGAUACUGCAGAGAUUGCUGAUUAGUAAAUACAGCAAAGCAUGAAAUUACCCAUAAUGCAAUGUAUGAAGCAGACGGCAGUAUACGCUGUUGCUGCAGUCCCAUAAACCAAAGUGCAUUAAAGCUAGGAAGCGAAGCAAUAUUCUCAUUAAUACAUUCAUUUGGUAGAUUUAUAGUUUAUUUAUGUGUAAGAGAUUCAGUGUUAUAGAAAUGUCAGAAAAUGAAAGGUUUGUUCAAAAACCUUAGUAUGGCAUGAAUAAAUAUAUGGAUGAUGUCCAGACUUAAAUUUGAGCAAAAUUGCGAGAAAAAUGAGAUUUUUAGUACAGAUGAAAAUCCUCCUCAAUUGUACAUAUAUUUGUUAAUUGUUUUUUAGUUUUUAUUUCAUUUAUGAUUGAAUUUUAUUCAAAUUAUUUUGUUAUAUAUUCAUUUGUUUUGUUUGAUGUUUUAUAAGCUUGUGUUUUAUAUGCAAAUUGAUACAUGUAUAUUUAGAAUAAUUAUUUAUUUAGGAUUAAAUGGCCUCAGUCUUUAACUCUUGAUUCUAAAGUACAACAAUAUCAGAAAUAAGAAAUCAGAAGCUUAAAUGAACCAUCACUUGACUUUAAAACAAACUUUCUUUUUAUUUAUCUUUAUAUAUGAAUAAUAUUGUUUGCGGGUAAGUAAGUAAAUAGGUAAUGUUUUAUGAGUUCAAAAAGUUGCACUAAUUUUCAUUCCACUUGUGAGAAUCGAUCAAGUUUUGAUAUUUAAAGAGAAAGGUUCAUAUCAAAGUCUGAUGAUAGUACAAAUGUCAGGUUAUAUGGAUUUAAAAGUUUUGGUGUACUUUUGAGUUAAGUUACAUAGUGUCAUGGAGUAUCAGUUUAUCAUAUCUUUUUGUACCUGCUAUGUUAUACAGGUGUGUUUUCGGAAUUUAGAAAUAUAACUUAUUUUCACAAUUUCUAUUAAAAUAAUGUUAUAGUUUAUAUGAUUUUAAAUGUAUGUGUUUGUUAUUGAUCAGUGAUGUAAGGGGCUUUGCUGUCAUGAUUUGUUAUUGAUGUAAGCCAUAUGCAACAGGAGUCAAAAUUGAUUGGUUAAUUGCAUUUAUUUUUUGUAAAGUUUUUUAUUUGGCUCAUGUUCACGUUUAAAGACUGGAAAAACUGAUUCCAUACGUAGUACAUACAUACUUACAGUUUUUGUUGCAUCUAUUUUGUCCCAAUAAUAGUCGUAAGGGACUUGUUUACUGCUUGAACUUUAAAUAACGUUCAACAAGGUUCAAAUGAUGUGAAUCCCUAACAUUGUAUUCCAUACAAACGUUGUACAUAUGACAUUGUUUUCCAUAAUGUAUUGUGAAUCAUAACUGUGCAAUAUGCUUGUUUUAAAUAUAGAAUACUGAUUGAGAUUUGUGGCUAAAGGUUAAGCGCAAAAUGAUGGGGAAAGAAAUUUGAGGUUAGAGAUAUAUAUUUAUAAGAGAUAUGUGACAAUGAUUUAUGGCUAGAUAUUGAUGGUUGUGACAACAGAUCUUUUGCAGUUGAUCAUAUUUAUUUUGUAGCAUAGGAUAUGAAAAAGUAUUCAUGGCAUAUCGAAUUGAUUUUCCAUUUUGGGGAGGUAUUCACAGAAUAAUUUCUGUAGGAUAUAGAGACUUAGAUUACCCUGUGAGCAGAGUCUAGUUAUAAACUACCC